ACUCCGAGGAGGGGAAAUCAAAAAAGUUACCAAACACAAGCACGUUGAUUGCCUUGUUAUUCUGUGUCAGUGCUUGUAGCGUGGUGGAGUAUCGUCAUGGUACACCUCAAACGGGAUUUACACAGGAUAGUGUCCAAGUUCGGUUCCGUGGUGAGCAGGAAGAAAACCGACGACACAGAUGCCAGCCUCGAAGGUUCCCACCUGGCCAGGGUGCUCGGCUUCGGCGACCUGACCCUCCUCGGGGUCGGGUCGACACUAGGCGUCGGCGUUUACGUCCUAGCGGGCAGCGUCGCCAGGACGGACGCAGGUCCAGCUGUCACCCUGUCCUUUCUCGUCGCUGCCAUCGCCUCCUCCUUAGCAGGUCUCUGCUAUGCUGAGUUUGCUGCAAGGGUGCCGAAAGCAGGUUCAGCCUAUGUCUACAGCUAUGUCACCGUAGGAGAGCUUGCUGCGUUUGUCAUUGGUUGGAAUCUCAUACUUGAAUACGUCAUAGGGACAGCAAGUGUCGCGAGGGCUUUCAGUGCGUACCUGGAUCAAAUGUUUGGAAAGGUGAUUGCAUCGACACUUACAGAAGUAAUGCCACUACAUGUAGAUUUUCUGUCUCCUUACCCAGACUUUCUCUCCCUCGGGAUUGUACUUCUUCUCACAGGUUUUUUCCCUAUAUUUAUUUUUCAGUAUAAUAGUUAUUUUAAUAUAAAAUUUGUUCAUAUAGUUUUGCUUGCUUAUGGAGUCAAAGAAUCAGCAUUGUUGAACAACAUAUUUACUGCAUUAAAUCUGUUAACUGUUGUGACUGUUAUUAUAGCUGGACUUUUUAAAGUUGAUUCUUAUAAUUGGGCUAUACCAAAAAGUGCUAUUCCAGCAAAGGACAAAGGGGGUGAAGGCGGUUUCAUGCCAUAUGGUAUAUCCGGAGUAAUGGCUGGAGCAGCCAAGUGCUUUUUCGGUUUUGUAGGAUUCGACUGCGUUGCUACAACUGGAGAGGAGGCCAAGAAUCCACAAAAACACAUCCCACUGGCUAUCAUCUUUUCUAUGCUGAUCAUUUUUUCAUCGUACUUUGGCAUUUCAACAGUUUUGACUAUGAUGAUCCCUUAUUUUGAGCAGGAUCUAGAUGCACCACUUGUAAGUGCAUUUGAAAUUACAGGAAUGCCAGUUAUAAGUAAAAUUGUCUCAAUUGGUGCUAUUUUUGCCCUUUGUACAAGUCUUUUAGGAUGCAUGUUUCCUGCACCGAGGCUGCUUUAUUCCAUGGGGAAAGACAAAACUUUGUGGAAUUUCCUGGCUAUAAUCAGUUAUAGAACACAGACUCCAUUGAGAGCUACAUUUGUAGCAGGAGGCAUAACAGGUAUAAUGGCAGCUUUGUUUAAUUUGGAACAGCUAAUUGACAUGAUGUCCAUUGGAACACUUUUGGCGUAUACAAUUGUUGCCCUUUGCGUACUGCUUCUUAGAUAUAGAGAUCCAAAGCCUGCAUUGUACGAGCCGAGCACACACAACACUGAUGAAAUCUCUUGGUCUCAUUCUAUGAGUAACUUGGUCAACCGAAGAGGUAUGACAACACCUGACAAGACAACUACGGCAGUCUCUGAAGCAGCGACGAUUUCAUUCAUUGUUUUAACUUUUAUAACAACUCUCUUGAUUGUAAACUUCGAGGAUGAAAUAGGCAAAGGGAACAUGGGUCCUGUUUAUAUAAUUUUGUGUUUUGUAGUACUCCUUUGCUUACCAGUUAUCAUCAUUGCCUUCCAGCCACAAGACAACCCCAGCUUAUUUUUUAAAGUGCCUUUAAUUCCUCUUCUUCCAUGUAUUAGUAUUUUCAUCAACAUGUACCUGAUGAUGAAACUUGACAUGCAUACUUGGAUCAGAUUUGGUGUCUGGCUCAUUCUCGGUGGUUUAAUAUACAUUUUCUACAGCAUACCAAACAGCGUUGAAGGAAAUAAAGAGAAGCUCGCCAAACAAAUGGAAAACAUAAGGAAAUGAGCGUUGUGCCAGUGCGGUGUAUAAUAAUUGUACAAACAAUAUAUUAUUUAUUUUAUAA